AAAGAAGAAAAGGGGGCUACUCAGCCAAAAAGAAGAGAAAGAGAAAUCCUGUGAGGGAGGGCAAAAUCCUCAGUAUCCGUUUGGAACCAUCUCCUUUGCUUGAGGGUAACACAUCUCUCUCUUGGUCCCAAUGGCAGCUGGCAAAGCAAUAUGGAAACGUUUACACUAUAUGGGCAGGCAGCUUGCCUGUGGUUGUGAUAUCUGGAUUCGAAGCAGUGAAAGAAGCUGCAAUCAACCAUUCGGCAGAUUUUGAUGAACGACCAGUGACUCCUUUCUUCGAAGCCAUAGCAAAAGAAAAAGGCAUCGUAUUUUCGAAUGGCCACAUCUGGAAGCAACAGAGGAAGUUUGGGCUGGUCACCAUGCGGAAGCUGGGACUGGGGAAGAAAGGCAUAGAGUACCAAAUAGAAGAGGAGGCCCAUCAGCUGGCCCAAGCCUUUGCAGAUGCAAAAGGACAGCCGCUUGACCCUGUGUUACCCAUCACUAAUUCUGUCACCAAUGUGGUCUGUAGUCUGAUCUUUGGCCAGCGGUUUUCCAUUGAAGAUGAAGAUUUCCACAAGCUGAGAGACGCCUUAUUUGAUUUCAUAAAUUUUACAGCAACACUUUACCAUAUUCUGUACGACCUCUUCCCAUGGCUCCUGAAACAUCUCCCAGGACCUCAGAAGAAGGCCAUUGACGGCCGUGAGUUUGUAGCUUCCUUUGCAAGGAAGGAGAUACAAAAGCAUAAGGUGCACGAGGCCACGCACGAGCCACAGGAUUUCAUUGACUACUAUCUACUUCAGAUAAAGAAAAGCAGGAGGGACCCCAAUUCUACCUACGACGAAGAGAACCUGGUGCAGUGCAUUUUAGACCUGUUUGCUGCCGGCACAGAAACGACAACCACCACGGUUAGCUGGGCGUUGCUCGUCAUGGCAAAUUAUCCCGAUAUUCAAGAAAAAGUACAGAAGGAGAUAGAAAACGUUUUUGGUUCCUCUCAGUCAUUUACCUACCAAGAUCGGAAGAAAGUGCCCUACACCAAUGCUGUGAUUCAUGAGAUCCAACGUUUCAAAUAUAUCUUAUUGUUUGGAAUCCCCAGACAAUGUUCAAAGGAUGUGAACCUGUUUGGUUUUUUCAUUCCAAAGGGGGCCACUGUCCUUACAGAUCUCCGCUCGGUUCUUCUUGAUCCUAAGCAAUGGGAGAAACCUCAUGAGUUUAACCCGAAUCAUUUUUUGGACAAGGAUGGAAAUUUUGUGGAGAGACAAGCAUUCCUUCCAUUUGGAGCAGGGGCCCGUGUGUGUCUGGGGGAGCAGCUGGCAAGGAUCGAAAUCUUCAUCAUCUUCACCAGGCUGCUGAGGACGUUCACCUUUCGGCCACCAGAAGGAAUGAAAAAGAUCAAGGACGAAGUUAGAAUACGAUUGGCUACCGCUCCCUGUCCUUAUAAGGUUUGCGCUGUUCCCCGCAAUGACGGAUCAUAAGCCAUCAAUGUAUUUAGAGGAGCCGAUUUGUUUUUGUUCCGAUCCAUUUGAUGUUCAUUCAUUGAAACACAAUCUAACAUGGUGCGAACUGUUGCUGAAGCCUGUUCAUUCUGUCUUUUGCUUUCUCCAUUUGGUUAGAGCUGUUUAGAGAAGGGAUUCAGAGAAAUCUGGCAUUUGUUGCAUGCUUAUUAUCGCCUAAUAAAUGCAAGUGUU